AUGUUUAAAUCAAUUAUAAUAGUUUUAAUUGGUUGUAUUUUAGUUUUAAAUGCUACUACGAUCGUAGGUCAAAAUGGGGUCCUAGUAUGGAUGGGACUAGAAAGAACAAGUGAAAAUAUAACUAGUGAUCUAACUGAAAUUGAAACAAUUCAUUCAAUAUUAACAUCUGUAGCAUAUGAAAGAUUUAAUCUUGGACCAAAUUCAACAUUGAUAUUAAAUAACUUUACAAAUGUACAAAGUGAUAUCAAUAAUGUCGGUCUUUUAACAUUACCAAUGAUCUCUACUUGUUGUCCAUGGGGUCGUCCAGAAGUAAUUGAAUAUGCAAGAGAUUUAUUUUUAAAUCCAAAACCUUUUAUUUCUUCUGCAAUUGAAAUAUCAAUCCUUGAAGGAUUUAAUGGAUUUAAUGUUGAUAUUGAACCAGGUAGUGGAGAUGGAACAGAACAAGAUGCAAUUGAUUAUGCAAAUUUUAUUGAUCAAUUUGCCAAUGCUUUACAUUUGAAUGAUAAGAUAUUGACGGUUGCCGUUGCUACUUAUACUCCAUUUUGGAACUAUACACUGCUUGGUAAUACUGCAGUAGACUAUUUAUUUACAAUGUCUACUUAUGGAGGUGACAUUGAACAAUUUACACAAAACUUUCAAUAUGCUGUAAACUCUAUCCCUCUGGACAAGUUGGCUAUUGGUCUCAUGACAGUCGAUGGAAACAAUAAUCCAUUGUCUGAUCAAGACUUGACUCAACGAUUUGAUCUCAUCAAUGCUGCCAAUAUUAGAUAUAUUGGUAUUUGGGAUGCUCCCAUACCAUCAAAUUGGUUUCCAUUCUUGACUGAAUUCUCUCAACGUAACCAGGUCAACAAGAUAUCUGCAUUACUGCCAGGCCAACAAGAUUAUUAA